CAGCUCUUUCAUAUCGGCAGCUAGAGCAAUUUAAAGUGUUAAUGGAUGGGUACAUGUUUCGGGUGAAAUAGUUGUCUUCACGUUACUAAAAUCCUUGCACCGGGUAUCUUAAGUUAUCAUAAAAAUCAUGAACGGAUUAUCGUUCAGUGAGCUUUGUUGCCUUUUCUGCUGUCCUCCUUGUCCAUCGCGUAUAGCAGCAAAAUUAGCAUUUUUACCACCUGAAAAAACAUAUGACCUUAUAUCCGACGAAGCUGGGACACGCUACAGUUUACAUCUUACAGAAAGGGCAGAAUGGCAGUACAGUCAAAGAGAGCUGGACAAUAUUGAAGUUUUCUACACAAGAACAAGCAAAAACAACAGAAUUGUGUGCAUGUUUGCUAGAUGCACUCCAAAUGCUAAGUUUACUAUUCUGUUUAGUCAUGGAAAUGCAGUUGAUUUGGGACAAAUGAGUAGCUUUUACAUUGGUCUAGGUUCAAGGAUAAACUGUAACAUAUUCAGCUUUGAUUACUCAGGGUAUGGUGCUAGUGGAGGCAAGCCUUCUGAGAAAAAUAUCUAUGCAGACAUCGAUGCAGCUUGGCAGGCUUUGAGAACAAGGUAUGGAAUAAGUCCACAGAACAUUAUCCUGUAUGGUCAAAGUAUAGGCACUGUGCCUACCAUAGACCUUGCAUCUCGGUAUGAAGUAGGAGCUGUCAUUCUUCAUUCCCCACUGAUGUCAGGAAUGAGAGUUGCCUUUCCUGAAACAAAAAGGACCUGGUUCUUUGAUGCUUUUCCAAGGUUAGUUGUUAAAAUAUUUGAUACAAAUAUAUGUUUUAAAAAAGUCUUGUUGCUAUUUUUCAUCCAAAACAUAAACAAUAAUUCAGUACUGAGUAGUGUUGGCAAAAUCAUAAAUAGGAAUAAUGCUUUAAGCUGGCUUACUACUUUAACUUGUUCAGCAUUAUAGUUGCAUUUAUGUGUUUCUGAAUGUACCAUAGGAUCAAAGUAAGCACUUCGGUAAAGCAAGGAAGACUACUUCAAAAUUUUCGGGGGAAAUGGUAGUCGUCGCCGAAGAAUCAGAGUUAUGUAAUUUUUGGAUAUCAGUGUUAGUGUUUUUUCCAGACCUGUUUACCCCCAAACUCUUAAAAUUGUACAGUAUUAUCACAAAAUCCUUUAAUAAAUUAUAAUAGUAAAAAAAUAAACAUAAAGAAUAUAAAAUGUACACACCUCAAAAUCGUACAAUCCUAAGAGUAAACAGGUCUGUUUUUCAUUAUUAAAUGAAAAGGACCAUUUUAUCAUAAAAUUGUGGUAUCGUUCCACAUGUUCACAAUAGGGGACACCUUAACCUACAUUACAAUGCACUGUUUUGCCUUUUUUGAUCGACCUCAAUUUUGGACAUUACUAGGUAUAUAAGGCAUCUUUCCCUUAAAAUAUUUUUGAUGAAAUUCAAAAUAAAGGUCUUUCAUAUUAAAUUAUAAGCAUUAUAUAUUGAUGUAUAUGUGUGCCGAUUGUCAUUAAUGUAGGUCGUGUCUCACAUUCGUUAUACUUAUUCCAGUGACCUGCAUUAUCAUAAGGUCGCUUAGCCCAAUUUCAACCAUGGUGUAAUUCACACUCCCUUUUUAAUGGUAAAAGAUGCAGAUACUUAGGAAAUAUUCAAUUAUUACCAUUAUUUUCAUCAAAAUAUUUGAUAACUUGUGUUUAAGAAUGAACUUGCAUUUAACUUUAACAAGAAUAUUUUAAUUUGAGAUUUAAAAACCGAGUCCAUAUUAUAAAUGAUCAUAAUUUGCCGGGAGCAAAACAUUGUCAUGGGCAACCAUUUACAGCCACAAUGGUAUAGCCAUUAUGCAAGUGUUAUCUCAGAGUUUCAAUCAUAAGAGUUUGGCGUGUGCAAAAUUAAUUAAACCAUUGGUCAGGGAAAGCUUUUAUUAAUUAUACAUGUGCCAAAGUUGAAAGUUCAAAAUAAGUAGUCCCUAAACAGUGUUUUAGUAAUAAGGGGAUGCAUUGCCUUAUACAGACUGUUUAGUAUAUACUGGUAUAAUGGACGCCAUAGACUUGGUAAACAAAAAAGCCAUAUAUUAAUAUAUAAUAUUAAAAUUACUGAUAUACAUAGUUAGAUAAGUUAAAAUUUAUUUAUAAGUGAAUAACAUUAUUAAAGUUACUUUUUAAUACAACAUUAACUCUGAAAAUAAAAUUCGUAUAAACUUAUCAUUAAACAAGUUACAGCUCAUGACACAAACAGCGGAAUUGGGUCACAGAAGGGGGAGGCGCAGUCCAUGUUAAAAAAAGGACAAACAAAGUCGUACUUCUAAAAAUUCAUAGCUCAGAAACAAAUAAAGAUAGAAAGUUGGUUUCAUUUUUUAAAUUUAAAGUUUGCUCUAUUAUAAUGUACUAUAAUGUACAACUUUGAUAAUUAAUUUUUUGUAUUGUAUGUACCAAAGUACCUUAAAAAAGUUAAUAUGGAUUGCUCUUAGGGUUGCUUUGCACCAAUAAGCUAAUUGGCUGAUUACCAAUCAGUCCUGUUGCAGAUUCAAAUUGAUUGGCACAAGAUUUGGCUUAUUUAUCUAAUUAUAAAGAUUCUUUGAAAAUGAGUACAGGUACCAGCAUUGUAAAUAAAUCAUAUGUAAUUUCUAAAUUCACAAAUCAUCACAAUAAUUGUGAUUAUUAUAUAUUAAUUUGGGGAAGUUUAAAUGUUUAUUAUUAUCAUGUGGAGAAAUAAUAGUAAGUGUCCUUCUGAUUUCCAAACAUUUAACGCUUGGGUGGAAUAGAGAAAUUUAGCGAUAUAUUGCCAAAAUAAAAACUGACUUUAGUGGGUAAAUUUGUGUUUAAUUUUCUUGGGUAAAUUUGUGUUUAAUUUUCUUGUGAAGCUACCAGAAACUUAAGAAAUCUCAGGAAAAAAUAGCAUUGAGCAGUGAAGAAAUGAAAUACCAAUGACAAGGGACUUUUAAAUAUCUGUUUUGCUACAAAUUUGAUUUCAAAAUAAAAUUGUCCUUGAUUAUACUUAAACUGUCCAGGUUUACAAUGAACAAUUGAUAGUAUUUUUGGAUAUCUGUAAUAGAUGAUAAACCAGUUUAAGGCUAAAAAAAAGGUUCAUAUCAAUUAUUUGGCAUACAACAUGUUAAAUUGACACCCGUUUGCUCAUGUGUCAUUUAAAAAAGGCACAAUAUUAAUGUGUCCACUCUGCAUGGUUUCAGUUUAAUCAACUCGCUUUGUGGUUAAAAAAAAUCUUUGUUUGAUUUAGUGUGCCAGUAUCUAUAUAAAUAUUCUUUUCUCUGGACCAAUGUGGUCUGAUGUAACAGACUUGUGACUGUUAGAAAUGUUUUUUUAAACAAACAUUUUACUGUUUAUUAGUUUCAGAAAAUAUAUAUUCACUAGUUGCCUGAUCUUUGCUUUCUUUGAUGGGAUGAAUGUCUUCAGAAUACGGGAUAGUAAACCAGGACUAAUGGUCAUGAUGAUCUCUUAGUACAAUUUAUGCAUGGAAGUAAUAGCUGGUUUAAAAAGUAAUUUAGUACAAAUUGCACAGAAGAAUCAUGGUUAUUAAAUAACUUCUAUUAUGCAGUGUCUUUCUUAAAGAUCUAUAGUGAAUUUCCUUUCCAUCUGAAAUCAAAAGGACUUAAUAAAUUAAAAAACGAAAGCAAUUUUGAUUAACAAAUUGAUUUUUGUUUAACUCUUGAACUAAUUUUGUUUAGUUUGUCACUAGGAUUAUAAUCCCAGUAAAGUUUUUAGUUUCAAUACCUAUAAUGUUAUUUGCUUUGAGAUAAGACAAAUUUCUAAUUUUUUAAAACUUUACCCUCUUUUAAGCAUUGACAAAGUACCAAAAAUCACAUCUCCUGUUCUGGUGAUUCAUGGAACAGAGGAUGAAGUGAUUGACUUCUCCCACGGUCUGACAAUAUAUGAACGUUGCCCUCGAACAGUAGAACCGCUGUGGGUUGAAGGUGCCGGCCACAAUGAUGUGGAACUUUACGGACAGUAUCUUGAGAGACUCAAACAGUUCAUUAAUGUGGAGCUGGCUGUCAAUUGACUAGCAGCCACAGAGGAAAUUGUUCAAGAUGGAACUGACGUGGUGCCUGACAAUACAGAUCCAGCUCUACCAGCUGCAAAUGAAGAUCUAGAUGUGACUGUUAAUGACGAAGAGGACAGUUCUUCACACCAAGAUACACAGGCCACCUUGUCCUUACAACUGCCCCUCCAAGAGGAGAGAGUUGUAUGACCCAUAGCUAAAUGUAUUAGCAUCCAACUCCAUUCGACUUCAGUAAUCAUCAUGUUCAAACAAAUAUCAUUUUUUGUUUUCUAAGAGCUAGUUUUGUUUUUAAGAUUCCAGUAUAAAUAUUCUGAUUUGCCUAACAACACACCUGCCAAUUAAAAGAAAUAAAUUUUAAAAAGUUAACAAAAUGUUAUCUGUUCCUUGCAGUUUUGUUCUUUGAGUAAGCAGUG